AUCAGAUACAUCAGCAUCAUGUUUCAUGGGAUACCAGUUACAGGAGGUGUGGGAGGAGCUCCGGCCAAUAAGCCUGAGUUAUAUGAGGAGGUGAAAUUAUACAAGAAUGCAAGAGAACGAGAGAAGUAUGAUAACAUGGCUGAGUUGUUUGCUGUCGUCAAGACCCUUCAAGCCCUGGAGAAGGCUUACAUCAAAGACUGCGUCACACCUAAUGAGUACACUGCGUCCUGUUCCAGGCUGUUGGUUCAGUAUAAGGCUGCAUUCAAACAGGUGCAGGGCUCUGAUGUGGGCUCUAUCGAUGAUUUCUGCAGAAAGUAUAGACUCGACUGCCCCCUAGCCAUGGAAAGGAUUAAGGAGGAUCGGCCAAUCACCAUCAAGGAUGACAAGGGCAACCUGAAUCGCUGCAUUGCAGAUAUAGUUUCUCUCUUCAUCACUGUGAUGGACAAGUUGAGACUGGAGAUCAGGGCCAUGGAUGAGAUCCAGCCAGACCUGAGGGAACUGAUGGAAACCAUGAACAGAAUGAGCAACAUGCCUCCAGACUCAGAGGCUAAGGACAAAGUCAGCCUCUGGUUGACCACCCUCAGCAGCAUGUCAGCCUCAGACGAGUUGGAUGAUAAUCAGGUGCGCCAGAUGCUGUUUGAUCUGGAGUCGGCCUACAAUGCCUUCAACCGCUUCCUCCACUCCUCCUAAAGCAUCUGUCCAUCAUUGAUCCAUCUGUCUGAAAUUCUGACUCUAAUAUCUAUUAAGUUAAAAAAAAAAAAAAAAACACUCUACUUUCUCCUUCUGGCUACUGUGGGGACCGGAUUUAUAUAUGUACAGGUUUCAUAUCUCAUAUCCUUCAAAUUAUUUCCUGUCAUUUGUUUCCUAUCUUCUUUAUUCAUGUUGUGUACUAUUGAAACUUCAUCGCCUUGUAUACUCCACUGUGUCUGGUACAUCAUGCUGCCUGCAGCCUUGCCCACCAGGCUCGCCCUGCGCUGUGAGACGCUCCAUUGGCCUCUUUUCUAGACAAACUUGUGGGAUAAAUCCUUUAACAUUGGCUGUUUAUUCUGCCCUUGACAAAACAGUUUACUUCUAACUUUGUACUGUAAUAUCAAAAAGGUCUAAUUUUAUACUUAAGUUUUGCAGCGCAACAACAAAGAAGCAUGAUACAAUUAUAUUGGACAAAGUCUGCACAUGAAGAAAAGGUUGUAACAGCCAAAGCCUUUGUAUUAUUGGACAGAUAAAUAUAUAUUUUCUUUUUGGUACCCUAAUUCUAUCGACAACCUGCCACCUGGGGUCAGAUUAGCUGAUUUUCUGUUCUGUAUACCAUUUUGUUUUUCUAUCACACAUUUGUACUGCAGAAUCCUGCAAUAGUUUUUGUUGAUAGAAUAAAAGAAGUUGACAUAGGAUGUCAGUUAAUGGAAAAUAAAUGCAGCUUAAAUAAUUGUUUGGACUUAAAUAUUAAACUGCACUUAAUUAAUGAUUAUAUUAUGGUGGAAGGAUUUGUUUGUGUACAUUUUCUAGCUCUGUUUUCUGUUGACAUACCUAAUCCAUAUUUCCUUUAGAAGUGAGGGUUUGGCCGCAUCAAGUGGGUAAAAGCAAGGUGGACACACUCCCUCUUUAUUUUACUUGCUAAAUACGAUUUAACCCUCAAACACCAUUAGGAAAACAUAUUCAGAUUUGUCAUUGUAAAUAAUAGUUUUGAUUUUUAAAUGAGAGCAUGUAACACCUUUUUAGAAAUAAAGAUGAAAAAUCUACCUCCAA